CUCCCCCACACAUACACCACAAAACUCAUUGCUAUGAACUCCUUCUCAGUGUUCUUAGUGUUUGCUCUGGCUGCUCUGGCCGCUGCUGAGCCCCCAUCGGGCUACAAUUAUCCCCGCGGUGGUGGCGGUGGUGGCGGCGGUGGAUUUGGCGGUGGCUUUGGCGGCGGAUCCUCGUUCGGUGGCGGCGGUGGAUUCCAAGCCGUCAGCGGUGGUUUCCAGACAUCGGAGGGACAAAAUGUUGAUCCCCAGCUGCUGGAGCAGGUGCGUCAGAUUCUGCUGAAUGAGGAGAGCAAACAGGGCGGCGGUGGCGGCGGCGGCGGCGGUGGUGGCGGUGGUGGCUACCCAAGCGGACCAUCCUCCAGCUAUGGCCCACCCUCGACCAGCUAUGGUGCGCCCGGCAAUGGAGGCGGUCGCGUUGUUGGCAUCGAUCUUGAGGGCGUGCGUCAAGCCAUCCAGGUGGCUCAGUUUGCGCAACAGAGCUCGCAGGCUAGCACCGGCGGUGGCUAUCCCAGUGCUCCAUCUGGCUCGUAUGGUGCUCCCUCAAGGCCCAGCGGCAGCUAUGGUGCGCCCUUCUAA